UCCGGCAACACUGUUGUUCAACAUCAUUGCUCUACCACAAACAUCGACAAAACGAAAACAGCUCUUUAUUUAUUUACCUUUGGAGCUAAUACUUGGGAAGGACGGAUUGUCAUUGGCAUCCUCCCGCCCAACCAUGUCAGAAACAUUUGAAUGCGCCCAUUGCCGCACCACCCUCCUGACCGAACUGGAUUUGCGGAAUCACGAACGCCUCCACCAACGCCAUCCGCCCACCACUCCCCCGAGCCAGUUAUGGCAGGCCUCACCCAAAAUCGUGAAGGUCAAUCAAACCUCCAUCCGAUGUCAGAUGUGCACGGAUCGGUUCCCCACGCCCAAAGAGCUCCAACGUCAUUGCCGACAAGAGCAUCCUGAGCACGAGAGGUCGGAUAUCUUCUCAUGCCAUUUCUGUCCCGCCGUCUUGUUCCAUCAGAGCGACUUGGCCACCCAUGAGCGACUCCACCAGGUACCCAUCGACCAAUUUUCCACGGCUCCUCCAGCUGACCAGGUAUCCAAAUUUGUGGCGCCCAAGACGCACAAGAAACGCUCGACGGAGAAGGGUCCUUUCAUUUGUGCCUAUUGUGGCAAGAUGUUGACCACACGAUCGUCCUUUGUUAUCCACGAACGGACGCAUACGGGCGAGAUCCCGGAGCGGCCAUUCGUGUGCGAGACGUGCGGGAAAGGCUUCACGUCCAAGUGUAACAUGUUGCUUCAUAGUCGAAUCCAUAGUCAGGAAACACCUUUGACGUGCCAGACAUGUGAAUUGACCUUUAGGACCAAACGUGAAUUAGUGGUGCAUGGUAGGAGUCAUAAGGCAGGGCUUCAAAUGCCAGUUUUGCCAAGAGACCUGUGACCACAAGAGCUUGAUGAUGCAGCAUGAAAGGCUCCAUUCGGGCGAGUCGGCGAGUCCGUGGGCGUGUGCGAGUGUGAUAUCUGCCACAAAUCCUCGAGUGCCAAACACACCCUCAAUUAUCGUAUGAGCACUCAUCUCCGCUCGGAGGCUCAACUCUGACAUGCGAACCUUUGUAUGCUAAAUAUAACCGUUAUGAGCCUUGAUCUCGAA